GUCAUCAAUCGGUGGUAUCAUUUCCUCGACAGAAGACCAACUGGAAUUUUUUGGAAAUGAAUUUAAAAGGGUGUUUACUAUAAAAAUUAAGGUCAUCGACUGCGACGGUAAAGGAUUUAAGCGUUGCUUUGUAACGCGUAAGGCCAAAUGCUUCAUUGGAGGUGGCUUCUCUGAUUUACCCGUCGUUCCAUUCAAAUUUUCUAAAACAAUCGCAUUCCUCGAGAACGCUAUUAUUGAAAAUGGAAAACGUUUUUUCGACUUUGCCUUAGGAAGCAACUUUAUGAAUUAUGAGGGCCCGUUAUUACGCUGGCGAACGAUUAACAAUUGCAUGCAGUUGGAGAAGAUUAGAGCCAAUGGUCGUGUCAUGAUUAAUCUCGAAAGUUUUUCAAUCAUGAAUCCCAACUAUAAGAUGGGAAAUGCUCUACCACCAAACAAAUGUGACAUUGAGUUACUCGGAGAAAAAGUAUACGGGUUCAGCUUUGCAUUAAAGGAAUGGGGUCAAUUCGAGAUCUUGAAAUUUUCGGAGAUUAGUUUUGACAAGGAGGCGUUCAGUCAUCUGGUGAUGUCCGAUGAUAGAAAAGAAAUCCUUGAGGGGUUAGUAAGACAGCAUUUUGUACCCACAGAGUCCAAUGGAGGUGUAGUUACUUCUUACGCAAAACCUCUCGAUCCCAUCACCAAUAAAGGCAAUGGCUGUAUCUUUCUAUGCUACGGGCCAAUUGGAACUGGGAAAACAUUAACAGCUGAACGUGUAGCCGAAUUUCUCAAAAGGUCAUUAUGGAUGAUGCUCAGCAUACACGAACUUGGGAUGGAACCUGCCGAACUGGAUCAGCAAUUGGUCAAACUUCUAGAUAUAUCAUGUACGUGGAAGGCAGUCCUCCUACUUGAUGAAGCUGAUAUUUACCUUGAAAAACGUAACACGACUGAUAUAAAACGUAACGCGAUGGUUGGUGUAUUUUUAAGUCGCUUGGAAUAUUAUCGAGGCAUUCUCUUCUUGACGACAAAUCGCGUCACGUCAUUUGAUGAUGCGUUCUGCUCACGAAUUAAUAUGUUCUUCCAUUACCCCAAAUUCAAUUCGGAAGAAAGACGCAAUAUAUGGACAAAUUUUCAUCAGGAAAGGCAAUUUCCCCUUUGUGCAGAUGAUUUUGUUGAAUAUGAUUUAAACGGCCAUUCAUCAAGACUGUCCAGGGAUUCCAAAAAGAAAUGGAUGAAAUCCGAAGAAAUGAUGUUGAAUAGAAAUGGCGAAUUAGUCGUUGCAAUUCACCACAUAUGA